CUGUGAUUGCCGCCGCUUCCUUUCGCGUUUCCCCCUCGCUGCUUCGACUUUUAAUUCGAAUUGGUCAAUUUAUUGAAUAGGAGAAAGAUGAAAAUAGGUACAAUUUGACAAAUACCAAAUUCCAACACAAUAAGCAAAAGAAAAAUUACUGCAUUGCACUGCACUGCCCUCCCUGCUGGGCACACUUUACGUUCAGUCCGGCUUCGACUUGCUGCUGCUCUGAACAAAAACUGAGGCCCGUUGCUGCCUCCCGAGCGCCUGGUCCGUCAUUCCGCGUGCAGCGCCCGCCCGCAGAAGCCCGUCGCCCUUUUUCUACCCUCGCACCGCCCACCCCCAAUUCCUUCCCUCAAACAACCCGCCCCCUUCCUCCUUCCAAUUCUCUUUUUUCUUAAUUCUUCUACUCCGCAUCUACCAAAUCUCCAAGGCCCCGUGUCCGAGUUCAAAUUUCGACCGCCCCUUCCGAAUCCACCUCCGUCAACAUUUUCUCUCACCAUUUUUUUUCUUCGACAACUGCAACUUGGCACAUCCGGCACAACACUCCGGAUUCGCAACAAACAUCAUCGGCAUCAACUGGCUAUUGAAGUCGUAAAUUCUUUCUUUCUCUUUUGUUCUUUGUUACUUGUUCUUGUUUCUCUCCUUUUUCUUCUUCUUGACGACAUCGAAAACGACCACGAAAUUCCAUCAUUGACGCGCGAGUCUGCCGUCAAACCCACUUGCAAUCGCCGUUCAACCACUACGCUUCGCCCACGAUGGCGUCGGUUGUGCGUGCCACCGCUCUCAGGGCAGGCGGCGCCUGUGUGCGCUGCCGAAAGGGCAAGACGAAGUGUGUCUACGAGAAUGGUCGCGCGCCUUGCAAGAAUUGCGCCAAGGGAAUGCAUGACUGCUACCUUCCCUCCGAGUCGAUGAGCCACGGCGGCCAUGGCGUGUCGCCUGCUCGGGUACCUCAGCGAUCAAGGGAGUCUCUGCCCAACGAUGCGCGCAGUGUUGGCCCGUCGGCCGAUCGAAAUGUCGGUGGACAGGGCGGAUCAAGCGCAUCGCGUCACACAGGCACGACAAGCGAGAAGUAUGUGUUAGUAUUGAUUUGUUAUUUGCUGCCAUUUAUUUGCUGCCUAUUUCCCCCCCUUUUCUUCGGUCUCCGUCCGCAUCCUUCCUAUAAACAGUUUGUGCGUAGUUUUGUUUGCGCAGCUUUGCAUUUUGUGUCCCUGUUUUUUUCUUCCUUUUUUCCCCCUCUGUUUUCUGCGGCUCUCUGCCCUCCCAAUUCCACCUGGUUGACCUGCCGACUCCGGCCGGAGCUGCUGGGGCGCGCUCGCGUCAUGUGCGUCGCUCCCCGCUCGGCUCAUGGUUGCCUGUUUUGCCUGCUACACGCCUUUCACUCACUACUCAUGCGCUCAACCCACAUACAUGCACACUCGCAACUUUACCCCGUUGCCGUGGUUUUACUUUCACGUCAUCUCCUUGAUUCGAUUUCCUUUUUUCUGUCGCUUUCCUUUCACACCCAGAUCCGGAUGUGCGUGGCCAUAGUCAUGCACCGGCAAACUGCGGGUGUGUGGCCGGGCAAAUCAAACACGAGACUGCCGCUCGCUUGCUGAGCCUUCUCUGUGGGCCUUUGGGGAAGUUCUGGGCUUGUGCACUGCUUUUCGCUCGGCCGCUCGGUUUCCUCCGCCACCACCCCCCGGCCCUCAGCCCAUUUGUUGUUACCUUUUGCCUAACCUUGACGCGGCCGAGUCGCUUCGCCGUGGCUUCCGACACUGGCUGGGGACAACGUGCACGGCCCCCAGACGAGUCCAGCCCCCACUCUAAUUCCCACCCCCCUUUCAUCUUCCCUUAUUCCUUCACCUUUUGUCCUGACUUGGCGUGCCAUCGGGUCUUCCGUCAUCUCCGUGCCGAUCGUGCACGCCCUUUUUGUCUUUUUUUCAUCUAUUGGGCAGCAGACCGAUACCUGCGACACUGCGGAACCCCGAAUCCUUAAUUUGUGUUGUUUUAUUAUUGUUGUCUUUUUUUUUUUCUCUCUUUUAUCUUGCCUUAUUUUUUUUUUCUCUCUCUUCUUCUAGGGAAAGCCUUUUUUCGGACAAUUUUACUGCGAAACGUGAAAAAAAAGAGGAAAUCAUAGUGACUAACACAAAAUGUUGUCUUGGCAGGCUGACUCCGGAGUUGUUGGCCGAAUGCGAGCGCGUCGUCAGCAAGACGAUCCCGGCUUGUGUCGCCUUCCACAAGCCGUCAUUCAUUCAACAGCUCAAGGGUAAUACGAUGGACCUCACCAUGGUCAAUGCGCUGCUGACUAUGGCAUCCCGGUAAGUUUUGGUCCGCGUCCAUUUGUUCAGUCUUGUUUGGCCCGGGGUCAUAGAUACCGAAGCCCACAUUUGAUCGGACCACUCUUGGCGGAAACUUCGUACUAACCACCAAUUUGUGCGGCCUCAGGCACUCUCCCGUCCUCAUCCGGAGGUACGGCUCGCAUGGUGGCGCCACUGGCGCCGCUGAGCAUUUCGCACUCAAGUCCAUCAAUGGUAUCAUGCAAGGGCUUGAUCAUCCCAGUCUUGCCGACAUCCAAGCCAUCUGUCUGUUGGUAAUCCAUGAAUGGGGCAGUCGCAAUGCCGUUCGUGCUUACAUCUACCUGGGCCAAGCCGCCCGCAUGGCCCAGAUGUACCGCGUCGCCCACGCGCACGAGCAGUCCGAGCCACAGCAGUUUGUGCAAUCGGAAUCCUUUCGACGCACCAUGUGGUUGAUCUACAUCCUGGAUUGUUUCCUCACUGCAAGCCCCGGCAGGCACCCCGCGCUGUCUCAGCGCGAUGUUCGCGACAUGGCCCUCCCGUGCCUGGACAUGAAUUACACGUUUGAUAGUCCCGCUUUCGUCCGGACCCUCGACGGCACUCUGCCGAGUCUGGCUCCUCACGGCACCGUACCGGCAGAGGUUGGCGAGUUCGGCCACUUUGUCCUUGCAACCAAGGCCUGGCGCAAUGUUAUCGAACUGAUGACUACGACGACAUUGUCGACCUUCACUGAGGAUCGCUGCCAGAUCCUCGAGGCCGAGAUCGAGAACAUUCGUGCAUCCUUACCCCCGCACUUCUCGGACAAGCCCGGCCAGAUCUCUGUCCACAUCACUAUGGGUAGCGGUUACACGUAUGCUAUGAUUCACUGCCUGCUGCACUGUGCUUCCAUCUUCCUCAACCGCCGUCGCAUUCUGCAAGACGUCAGUGCCGAGGGCUUCUCUGCCGACGCCUGGAGGGCUUCAAGCCGUGCGCAGCUCGCGGAUCAAAUCUUUGGUGCUGCCCACAGCAUCGUGUCUAUGUUGACUGCGCUGGAGGGUGGAGCAGAGAAAGACUCGAUCUUGUGUUUCCCCAUUUUUAUGCUCUUUGCCGCCUUUACCUCGGGCGCAGCUGUGGCCUACCUCCAGCUCAAGGGUCUGACACCGGCUGAUGUACGCGAGACCACUUCCACCAUAGUACGGGAUGUAUUCCGCUUCCUCAAGGAUGGUGCCGACUGCUGGCCGCUGAUUGUACCAUGGCAGCGACAUUUGUCUGUCAUGGCCAAGGUUUUGAAGGAGUACACAGCUCGCGUUGAUCGGGAAGAGUCGCCCGAUGGAGCUAAGGCUCGCGCGUCACCAUCCAUUAAGGACGAUGUUUCGUCACAGCCUGAUACCAGUACGGCCGACGUUAUGGAUUACGAUCAGGGUGACAACAGCACGGGACCCCAUGGCUCUGCGGCCCAUGGCGGUCAGCCGCACCCCACGAUUGAGGGUGGAAGAGAUGGUAGCGAGCCACCUGCAGCCCCUCGCAGGCCUGGUAUAGCUACCAUCAAUGGUGGAUCUGCAGGCAAUUCAACACCUGCCACUGGUAGCCCUGCACCGAUGCCGGCCCGGGAGAGCGGAAGCAUGAAGAUUGAUAGCCCCGAUCCAAAUGACGCCGCUUCGGGUGGCUCGUCGUCGACGGCCAAAAACGGAAGCAACGGGCCUUCUGCCCAGCAAGAACCUGCAAUAGACUCGGCCGAUCUGUGUGCAGCAUUCGAACGCCAGCUGCUGGAGCUGGACGACUUGGCAGCAUUCAUGGGCGGCGGGGUGUGAGUGACUCUGCCCAUUCAGCAAACUUGCUCUUAUUGUCUUUUCUCAAAAUUCAGUAAUAGGCUCUUUUGUUGUUUGCUUGGCAGAGCUGACUUAACAUCGGGUGGAACAGGGCACCUAAUACCUAAAAGUUCAGCUUCUCAACCCUAAGCGAUGGAUAUUAUAGUCGGUUAAUGUGUACGAGGCGCAAAAGAAAACAUGGUGGUUGACCGCGGUGUCAGGUGGCCGGGAGGAUGAUCGUUCGUCUUCACAUAGCGUGCGGAUUUCCUUUCCACAAAGCGUUGUACUUGACUUUUUGUCAUUCUUCUUUGUGCUCUUUUUUUUUCAUGAGCCUUUUUGAUGCAGGUGGUCGGGUUGUGGCUUUUGGUGGGAUUAUCAUAUCGAGUUAUGCAGGUGGGAGAAAGGCGCUGGUUGCUCACCUUUAGGAGUUUUGUUUGUCUAUUUUCCGUUUGUCAUAUUUGGGCAUUUUUUGUGUCUUGUUUGCGUAUACCACUUUAAAGCCUCCUGGGGAAAGGAAAGGGGGCUGGGCUGUUGCUUAUUAUUGGCGUAAUUUUCCUUAAUUCAUCAUUUUUUAACUUUCUUUGUGCGCGCUCUCUCUCUCUCGAGAAUCAUCUCUUUCAUGAUGAUGGUUUCGGUACUUUUGUUGUAACGUAUGGCAACGACUGAUCUUUGUUGGCUUCCCAUCUUCUUUUGAAGUCGAUAGCCAUGUACUAUAGUUUGUUUUCGUUAAUUCCAAAGGCAAUACAAUGGAGUUUAGUGGUUUCCGAACAAGUGGUUCUGGCCAUGUACUGAUAGAGUUAAGAUUUGUAGACCUAGCCUACAAAAUCUGGCUGGCCGUCACGACCCUCGCAGCCGGUCUGGCACGGUCGCAACCGCACGAGUGUUACCCGUCGAGUGACGAGCACAACUGCACGCUCUCGCUGCUGGCGGACCUGCAGAGCUACCGACAGCUCAUCGGCCUCUGGGACUGGGAGUGCCGCCGGAUCGGGGGCGUGGGCACCGACGGCCAGUGGGAGCCGGCGGCGGGCCAGUGGAGCAUCGGCGGGCGCGGGCUCGAGCACACGAUCGAGCUCGUCAUCACCCACCACGGCACGCCGCAGCGGCCAAACGGCGGGUUCUGGUACGGCGGCGCGUGGCACUAUCUCGACCAGGGCUGGCUUUACGACUGCGCGGAUGCGGACAGGAGGACUGUGUGCACGCAGGUGGAGUUUAGGUGCAAGGAGCUUUGA